AGUUCCCGUGAUAGGGGCAAGAAUGUGGCCACUGUCGCCCCGUUAGGAUCCGCCCUACAGGGCUGGUAAAACCGAGACCCAGUCGGGGUCUCCCUGAGCACACCUACACCUUUUUGUCUCAACGAUUUCGGAGAUUUCUCUUUGUCCUCCGAAGCGACAGCCGCUUCCGCGCCUACCACUUGCGUGUGUGCCCCUAGUCUUGGACUGAGGCUACCUUCUGCGUCGCCACGAUGCUGGGCCGAUGGGCAUUUCCUUCAAGCAGAAAGCCGUCUGCGGCGAGCUCGGGCGACCGCGCGUCCGCAACCGACAACGAGACCCAAGCCGCCACGAAGCGGCGCUCCCGCCUGUUCCGCACCCUGAGGGGAGGCUUCAGAUCGCACAGGCCGAAGAAGUCCGCCGAACACGUCGAGUUUCCCGAGACGGACGCCUUGCUCACGCAGCAGAACCCGGCGAACCUGACGCUAUUUAACACCUUCGAGUGGAGCGGCGCGAAGAGGAAACUGAGCCACGGCGGUCGAAGCAACUUCAGCGGCGUCAGCCCCAGCGCGUCGAGGAACAACAGCGUCGACUACGAUUGCUUACCUCCUCCUUUCCACGCGGGAGAAGCGCAUCCUGCCCCGUUCAGGCACUCUGCAAUCGAGAAGCCGACCCAGGAAAAUUCACGAGCAGAAUCAGACGGGGGUUGAAUCUUGCACGGACGAGCACGGGAUGGUCUGAGAGCGAUGAAAGACUAUGGCUGGCCAUGAAAAACGCGAUAGAGCGCGGUGUUAUAUUAUCCAAAAAAACGA